AUGCCUCUUUACAUCCAUAACUGCGACGAGGCACAAGGUCCAUGGAUCGUCAGCAAACGAUGCUCUCUCUGCGUUCCAGCUCGCAAAGACGCAGGCAAGAAGCCCGGCAAGUCCGCCGCCAUCACCCACCGCCUCCGCCGCGCCACUGACAAGCUCAAACGCCUCAAGCCAUCACCAUCACACGCCGUCUGCUCCGAGUGCGGUGACCAAGGCCGCGCCAUACUGACACUCGCCGAACCGGACUGGAAUCCAGAGCCAGAGCAAGGACCAGAUGCUGCUACUAACCGCCAACGACCAGGUGACGCCAUAGGCCCAAUGAACGAGACCCCAGCCGACUUCGUCUUCAAACCGAGGUUUUCAGAGUACGACCCGUGCUGGGAAGAGGAACCGACUGGAGUAGACGACUGGCUCUGGGCCAGUGGUUCCGGAGAGAGCUACAACACCCGAUUUCCUCCACCCUCGCUCGCAAAGAUACUGUUCACUAGGUUCUGCUGCCCCUGCGUCGUUAGACUGGCUGCGCCGAAGCCCAUGACAGAAUCGGAGCGCCUGAAGAGGGACGAGGAGACUUGGGACAGGAUCCAGCGGGCCAGACGCCGCUCUCGCCCCUGGAUUCGAAGGCGCGAUUGGAACGCUCUCCAGGCUAUUGAGGAGCAGCAGCAGCAGCAGCAGCAGCGGCAGCGUGUAGAAGACGAAGUCGGCGUAGCCAGUGGUCUCGAUACUAUCGUAGAGGAGAAAAGGCCGGGAGACACUGUCGAAUCAAUCCAACCGGGAGCUAUUUCGGAGAGUUCGAUUGCACAGUAG